AUGGCAUCAGUGAAGUCAGCAUCGGCGGAUGCAAAGAAACCUCGGAAACGUUUUGUUGGUCGCAGCACUGCUGGGCCCCCGAAGGGUGGCACUUCGGGAGGAAUUGUCAAUCAAAUUCCAACAGAGAUUCUUGAGGACCUCGAACUGAAUGCAGCCAUCUCUCAAUUACCAUCGAACUAUUCUUUCGAGAUACACAAAACAAUUCACCACAUUCGUAAAAACGGUGCAAAGACGGUUGCGCUGCAGAUGCCAGAGGGCCUCCAGAUGUUCGCCUGCACGAUUGCAGAUAUUAUUGAACAAUUUACUCCUGCUUUGACAGUAAUUAUGGGAGAUGUUACAUAUGGAGCAUGUUGUAUAGAUGACUAUACGGCUGUCGCUUUGGGAUGCGACAUGCUCGUCCACUACGGACAUAGUUGCCUUGUACCCAUUGAUACGACAACCAUAAAGACUUUAUACAUAUUCGUCGAGAUUUCGAUUGAUUCUCGACAUCUUGCCGAAACUGUGCGCCUCAAUUUCCCCGACGAUCGAACAAUAUUCGAAGAGCGACUCCUCUCCUCGGAAAGCACAAGGAGUCGAUUACCAGCAGGAACUACGUUGGGGAACGGUCGUCAUCUUCGCAUUACUGGUUCUGAUCAAGAAUAUACGCCGAUUGGAGGAAGUGACCCUCAAGCAAACUCAAGACUUCCGACCCGUCUGGCAUUAGUAUCGACAAUACAAUUUGCAGCAGCACUGCAAAGGCUUAAGGAGGACAUAUCGGUUGAUGUAGGAAGCAAUCGUACCGGAGAAUCCGCUGUGCAAGAUGUGGCAUCUGCUUCCGAAUUCUGGACGAGGAGUUACGAGACGAUGAUUCCGCGAUCGAAACCCCUGUCCCCCGGAGAACUUCUCGGAUGCACUGCUCCAGCACUGCAGGAUGUCGACGCGCUACUAUAUCUUGGGGAUGGGAGAUUCCACCUGGAGUCAAUAAUGAUCGCAAAUCCCUCUGUCCCGGCCUUCCGUUAUGAUCCCUAUUCAAAAAAGCUCACUCGAGAGCGCUACAAUCAUGAGGAGAUGAAGAUGGUCCGAAAUGAAGCAGUCAAGAAAGCACGACUGAGCAUAGAAGCAGUGCCUGAGACAUCGGACGGAAGCAAAGACAUUGCGUCUGUUUCCGUGUCAAAUCAGCCGUGGGGUGUUAUUCUUGGCACCCUUGGACGCCAGGGUAGUUUCAAGCAGCUUCAAGCAAUAACUAGACAACUGCAACAAGCCCGCAUACCAAUACCAUACGUACCCAUUCUGCUUUCAGAGCUGUCUCCGGCGAAACUUUCGCUUUUCAAUGGACAUUUAUCGACGUUCGUGCAGACAUCAUGUCCGCGCCUAUCAAUAGACUGGGGUUAUGCUUUCGACAGGCCUCUACUCAGUCCGUAUGAAGCGGCUGUAGCGGUCGGUAAGCUACCAGGGUGGAAAAUAAAAGGCUUAGCGGAGUCUGAUAAGCCAGAGAAGUCAGAAACGUAUCCGAUGGACUUCUAUGCGGCUGGGAGCCCGUGGGCAAUUUCAAGGAAGCAAGGGACGUUUGUCUGA